UUUUGAAGGUGAACAUCCGGUGUGUAUCUGUCCGUUGUGAAUCUGUCCGGCUUGACGCUGCUGCUGCUGCUGCUCGCUGGUGCCAACGCCCGGCGAAACACGCACUCACCGCGGAGAGGACGUGAGCGAGCGACGAGACGGAGCGACACCGCUGGACCAUACAGGCACAGAGAUGCAGACGAUCAAGUGUGUGGUGGUGGGCGAUGGAGCGGUGGGGAAAACCUGCCUGCUCAUUUCAUACACCACCAACAAGUUCCCCUCCGAGUACGUUCCGACAGUGUUUGACAACUAUGCAGUGACCGUGAUGAUCGGGGGAGAACCGUACACCCUCGGCCUAUUCGACACAGCAGGUCAGGAGGAUUACGACAGGUUACGACCCCUCAGCUACCCACAGACAGACGUCUUCUUAGUCUGUUUCUCAGUCGUGUCACCGUCCUCGUUUGAGAACGUUAAAGAAAAAUGGGUUCCUGAAAUAACUCACCACUGUCCCAAGACCCCGUUCCUGUUGGUGGGCACUCAGAUCGACCUGCGCGACGACCCGUCCACCGUGGAGAAGUUGGCCAAGAACAAACAGAAGCCCAUCACCCCCGAGACGGCAGAGAAGCUCGCUCGGGACCUGAAGGCCGUGAAGUACGUGGAGUGCUCGGCUCUAACGCAGAAAGGGUUAAAGAAUGUGUUUGACGAGGCGAUACUCGCCGCCCUGGAGCCGCCCGAGCCUAAGAAAAGACGUAAAUGUGUUCUGCUCUAAAGCUCCGACGAGCAGCCGACUUCUCCACAACUCACGUAGGGUCACUUCUCCUGAACGAGCACAUUCCACGAUGGAACAUUUGUCUUCUGAACGACUCUGCCUGCACACACGCGCCCUCAACGUGCUGAACGUGGUUUUUAAGAUUGAUGCUUUUGGUGAUGAUUAGAGACGUGAACUCCAUAAUAUGAACGUCGACAAACUGCAGGCGACCUCAGUAGAUAUUAGUUCAGUUCAGCAGAGUUCAUUUAUAAAACAAGUGACCAUGAAGUGUUUUUUUUGUGGAUCUAAACCUUUUAAUGACGAGUUGAGGUGAGAUGCUUUUACUGUAAGUUAAUCACUUGUACUGUAUCUUCAACCCAACUGGCAGAUAAGACUUCAUGUUUCUUCCAUCACUGACGGGGCGUCUAGCGAUAUACUGUACCUACCGACUAACGUCAUGGAAAUGAAAUAUUUUCUUUUCCAGGAAUUAUUCUUUACAAAAAGAAAAGAAUUGACAGAAUUUCAGAGGGUUGGUCAGAGUCACACAGUUUCACACGUCAGUGUAAACUCAAGUCUCCUGAAAGAUCUCCUGACGUAAUGUGACAUUUCUGGGUUAUUGCUCCGUCGUAGUCGUAGUUUGCCCCCUGAAGAAAACAACCUGAUAAAUUGAUGCCCGACAAGCAGAAAUCCACGAGGCUGAAACAAACAAAGUGAACAUUCCAUUGGAAGUCAUCCAUCACAAAUAUUCCUUCAAAGAUACAUGCAAAGAGCCUGAGCACAAUAAUUUCCUACACAAGUUAAUGAGAAGAUGAUGUUUACGCCCUCGUAAAAGAACUUUUAAGAUGGAAACAACACACAUUGUGACUGUUCUUUUGAAAUUCUUGUGACGACUGAACUGACACUAUUUGCGUUUCUUUUAGCGUCACCCACGCCAAGAUGGUGGGCUUGAAUUUGAUUUGUAAAUAAUAGUGAGAAUAAACGUAUCGACUGAAUGAAAACGUGUGCGUUACUGAAAACCAGAUGUAAAGAAGCUGACGUGGACACCGAACAUCCCACUCACCAGGAGAACAACAAAGUUUCUUGGACUAUGAUUUUUAUUCCGUUUGCCAUCAGAGUUGUUCUGUAUCUCGCUUGUGAUGACGUCACAAUAAAAACAGUAUCAUGAAUAAACUUAAAGUUCAAAUACUA